AUGGCCGAGCCAGCAACGAACGAUCCAACUGAUCAUCAGCAGGCUCCCGAGUCAGGCUUUCGAUCUCGGCCGAAGUAUUUUUAUCUCGGCGAUCCGGUGGUUCAGGGCUUCAAAGAUCUCAUCGCAAAGUUCCACCCCCAACCGCCUCGUGAGGAACCACUGGUGAAUCAAGAGCCACCGGUCAAUGGAGAACUGCCGGCGAAUGAGGGAGCACUGGCGAAUGGGGGAGCACCGGCGAAUGGGGGAGCACCGGCGAAUGGGGGAGCACCAAACAAUGAGGCACCACCGGCCAAUGGAGAACCACCGGAGGACCUCUCAUUGCUCUCUCAUGACGAAAUCGAAAAGCGGGAAGCGCUCGUGACACGACUUCAAUCCGACCUCCUCCCUCUCCUCCUAGAGCAAAUCGACGAGCUCUGCGAAUCGCUCGACCCGUUAGUCUGUCGGAACAUACCAAGGAGCUCGUUCCCCCCGAUCUUGCAAAUCCAGGCAGAGCUCGAACCUACGAUGGAUCAAAUCCAAUCUGCCAUGGACACCGUCUGUCCUAAACCGAUCAACCUAGUGGCCAGUCAAGCCAAAGAUUGGCACCUCAGAGGAUUGAAAUCGUACCGGCUUCACUUCCUUAAAUCGGAGUUCGAUCAAGGAUGUCUUGGAAAUCAGGGGUGGCGAAGAUCGAUGGGAUCUUGA